CUAACGCAUGUGUAAAAGAACACACUUCUAGCUGUCUCAUCUACCUUUAUUUCUACUGUGAUCCUGUUUGGAUCCACAGUACCCCAUGUUACAUUAUGCUAGCUUGCGUUAAUGGUACUGAAUCGAGUUAAUAUGUCAGCAAAUAUCAAUUAACCAAUAUGUUCAAUGUUUGUAAUUUACGUAUAUUGAUCUCAACCUAAAUUAAUAAUAGAAGUUGCAUUUGUGUGCAUAUUUCGUAACACGUUAGAGUUACACUACAGAUGUGUUGAGGCGUGCUCUUAGUGUUAGGGACCAAAUCAGGGAAAUCGUACGCACUGGGAUCACUCAGUGGGACAAUUUCAUGCAACUAUAAGCACACGCACCCUGUAAAAUCGUUUAAGUCAAAACCAACAUCGAAUUUACAUUGAAUCAAAAACAUUUGCUUUUGGCUUCUAAUUUUCAAUUACCUGGCCGUGAACUAAUUAAAAUAAGUUAACGAACUGUUAACGAAACAGCGCGUUUCUCAUAAUUACUUUUUCUUAUCUAAGUCGCUAAUUAGUUGAACAACGACGCUAAGCUUAGACUGGCGACAGCAAAUAUUCACCAGUUUUACCGAGCGCCAAAAUGAAACGGCCAUCGAUUCUGAUAUUGGGCCUAUUCAACUUAAUUGCAAUCUGUGCCACCCGCCAGCCCCACAUUGUGGUCAUACUUGGGGAUGACAUUGGAUGGAACGACUUCGGGUUUCACGGCUCCAGCCAAAUCCCGACGCCCAACAUCGACGCCCUGGGCUACAACGGCGUCGUUCUCAACAAGUUUUACACGCAAGCCAUUUGCAGCCCUUCCAGAGCCGCGUUUCUGACUGGAAAAUACCCCGUGAGAUUCGGCUAUCAAGGAGUCCCACUCAGCGCGGGCGAAGACCGGCCGCUGCCUCAUGACUUGGAACUGUUGCCGGAACGGCUACAGAAGCUGGGCUACAAGACCCACAUGGUGGGGAAAUGGCACUUGAGCUCCGGCCGCAAGAACAACACGCCCACUGCUCGCGGCUUCGACACCCACUUCGGCUACUGGAACGGCUUUGUGGGCUACUUCGAUUAUUUUGCCUAUCAAGGAUUGUCGGCCGACUGGAACAUUUCGGAAACCUGGUCGGGUCUGGACCUUCACCACGGCUUCAAGCCCCAGUGGCAGUACCAAGGCCAAUACGCCACCGAUUUGUUCACCGAAAAGUCCCUGGAUGUGCUCGAGGCGCACAAUGCAAGCGAACCGCUUUUCCUCUACUUGGGGCACCUGGCGGCGCAUGCUGGGGCCAAUGGAACUGAGCUAGGAGUGAAAAAUAUCACGCAAACCGACGAGAAGUUUGGCUACAUUGAGGACCCUCGACGCCGCCGAUAUGCCGAUGUAGUGAGCGAGCUGGACAAAUCAGUGGGUCUAGUGGUGAAGAAACUAAGCGACAAAGGAAUGCUCAACAACUCCAUAGUUCUUUUUCUGUCGGACAAUGGGGCCCAAACCAUCGGCAUCUACGAAAACCACGGCUCCAACUACCCGCUAAAGGGGCUCAAAUUCACGCUGCUUGAAGGAGGCGUCCGGGGCUCCGCGGUAAUUUACAGCCCCCUUCUGCGCAAAAAGGGCUACAUCAACAACCGCCUGAUGCACAUCACCGACCUCUACCCCACAUUCCUGGACCUAGCAGGAGGAAACCCGAAACUAUUCAACAAUCUAGAUGGCCAAAACCAAUGGAGCACCAUUUCCAAAGACCUGCCCUCGCACCGAUCGGAAGUGCUCCUGAACAUUGACGAGAAAAACGGCUUUUCCGGGCUGAUUGGGCAAGCGGGGCGCUACAAGUACCUGAACGGCUCCUACAUGAAUGGCACAUACGAUGGAGCCUUAGGAGACACUGGCCGAGCGGCUGAGACGCCCGCCUACGACCUAGAGGCUGUUUUGCAAAGCGCGGUAAAUCAGGCCAUUCAAACAGUGCCGGGAAGCGUCAGUUUAACGCUGGAAAGAAUCCAGCAGCUGAGAACCCAACUGGAUAUCAGCGGAUGCAACGGAAAGCGUCGGGCUGCAGAUUUGCCCUGUUUAGGUGAAUGUCUGUUUGACCUGGAAAACGACCCUUGCGAGACCGAGAACCUGUUCGACAGAAAACCGGUUGUAGGCGCGAAUUUGAAGAGAAAACUGCGCCGUUACUUCAGCCAGUUGGUUCCAUCCAGGAACAGAAAAAUUGACUUGAACUCAAACCCGAAGAACUGCAACGGGACCUGGUUUCCUUGGCUGGACGCGGAUGGAUGCGAAAGAGUAUAGGAUGUGCUUGAAUUAAAGAUUUGCUUACCUGUUA